ACCAAGAUAUUUUUGUAAACCCGCGCUGUGGUUCCCACAAAGGCGAUGGGACUACGUGGAAGUGAAUCCCCCCUUCAUGGUUCAUCUUCUGCGAAGUCGACUGUGGGAUGCCCUGCACGCUAUUCUUAUGUUAUCUGUAUGAUCCGCAAGUCCCAGCGCCAAUACGCCAAUGAUCAGCUGCACGGUAUACCCUUCCUUCCUGGCUAUAAAAGUCCGGCGGCAGUGAGCUCAUCGAUUCAGUUUACUUUGGCUGCUCCGCAAGUCUCGACGAUGCUUCGCUCAAACCUUUCACUGCUGAUCAUCGGCUGUAGCUGCCUGCUUUUCGCCGUCGCCACGCGGACGCCCAUCACGCCACGCAGUUGCCCGGAGAACGAGACCUAUCUGACCUGUGGUCCCGACUGCCAAACGGAGUGUGCCACGCUGGGAAAGCCCUGCCUGAUCAGGCACAUCCGAUGCCCCGAUGCCUGCUACUGCAACGAGGGCUUCGCCAGGAACGCCAGGAACGCCGGUGGCACAUGCAUUCCCAUUCGCCAGUGCAGCGGUGGUGGCUAUGGAAACUGAGUCGGCUCUCAGUAGACUACUGCCUAAUUAAAAGCAGCUGAAACACUGAAACACUGAAUCACUGAAACACGGAACACAAAGCAACGGCAAGACAAUAAAACUCGAUGGCAUUGUGUGUGGCGCUUACAAUGGAAACGAAGCAGCUGGUUUGGCGAUUUCGGGUUCGAUUCCGAUGAGAGUGCAAGUCCGGGCUUCGCAGGUGGUGCUAAUGUUUCCAUUUCUGGUUGUGCCAGUUGCGGGCUUUUUGAUCCACCUGUCGUUGCAGUCAAGGGAGUAAGCCUGAAUCUGGAAUCAGAGUUCUUAUCUCCUCAUCGAGAGCGCUGCGUGUGCGUUUGUAUAGCGUGUUUAAACUGAGAUGUUUAAGCUGAGAUGUUAUAACUGAGAUCAAAGUGUUAAUGUUAAUGUGCGUUGCUUGGAAUGCCGCAAAGUGACGGACUUCUGAAUGGCUGAAUUGCUGACGAGAUGAUGGUGUGAAGUGAGAAAGACGAUGUACGCCACGAAUGACCUUGCCCCAUGGAAAGAGAGUACUCCACAUAAUCUAAAAUUAUAUUCCAAAACACACAAAUUAAAUGUUCUUCUUUAAUAUAAGCGUUGUAGACAAGAAAUAAAAUAAUUACUUUGUAUAUAUUAA